AGAUGUAGUGAGGUUGUGCCAUGAUUAGCCUGUGUCUGCAUUCUGUGUACCUAGAGCCCAAGGAGGAUGUCCAUGGUACCUGGGUCUCUCCCAAAGCUCAUUGUUGUUGGAGGGGGAUGUUGGGACCCCUGUCCCCAAACUCUUUCCUGGACUGCCACUAGGCAUGUUAAUGUGGCAAUGUGGUGAAUUGAUGCCAGUGUUCUCGAUUCUUUUCUAUGCUCCAGGCCACUAUCAGGAUAUUUAGGGGGCUCUAGCUUGGUGGUAUCACCUGGUGCCCGUGUUUCUCAAGAAUUGACAUCUUUCUCAGAUUUGGCAUCCAAAGACAGGAAUGAAACAACUCAUCACCACAUCUGCUGGUGCCAGACACUGUGCUCCGUACCUUCCGGACAGAGUGCCCCUGUCUGGAGCCAGCCUGGGGGCAGGCCAGGUUCCCCCAGACCCCGGGAUGACUGCAGCCAGCCGGGCCAACCCCUACAGCAUUGUGUCAUCAGAGGAGGACGGGCUACACCUGGUUACCAUGUCAGGUGCCAACGGUUUUGGCAACGGCAAGGUGCACACACGGCGCCGGUGCCGAAACCGAUUCGUCAAGAAGAACGGCCAGUGCAACAUUGAAUUCGCCAACAUGGAUGAGAAGUCACAGCGCUACCUGGCUGACAUGUUCACCACCUGCGUGGAUAUUCGCUGGCGCUACAUGCUGCUCAUCUUCUCGCUGGCUUUUCUUGCCUCUUGGCUGCUGUUUGGCAUCAUCUUCUGGGUUAUUGCUGUUGCUCAUGGAGACCUGGAGCCAGCUGAAGGCCGUGGCCGUACACCCUGUGUGCUGCAGGUCCAUGGCUUCAUGGCAGCCUUUCUCUUCUCCAUUGAGACACAGACCACCAUUGGCUAUGGACUACGCUGUGUGACUGAGGAGUGCCCGGUGGCUGUCUUUAUGGUGGUGGCACAGUCCAUUGUGGGCUGCAUCAUUGACUCCUUCAUGAUUGGUGCCAUCAUGGCCAAGAUGGCACGGCCCAAGAAGCGAGCACAGACUCUACUGUUCAGCCAUAAUGCUGUGGUGGCUCUGCGUGAUGGCAAGCUCUGUCUCAUGUGGCGCGUGGGCAACCUACGCAAGAGCCAUAUUGUAGAGGCCCAUGUGCGGGCCCAGCUCAUCAAGCCCAGGGUCACAGAAGAGGGUGAGUACAUCCCCCUGGACCAGAUUGACAUCGAUGUGGGCUUUGACAAGGGUCUGGACCGUAUCUUCCUGGUGUCACCCAUCACCAUCUUGCAUGAAAUUGAUGAGGCCAGCCCACUGUUUGGCAUCAGCCGGCAGGACCUGGAGACAGAUGACUUUGAGAUUGUGGUAAUCCUAGAAGGCAUGGUAGAGGCCACAGCCAUGACCACGCAGGCUCGCAGUUCCUACCUGGCCAAUGAAAUCCUGUGGGGCCACCGCUUUGAGCCAGUGCUCUUUGAAGAGAAGAAUCAGUACAAGAUCGACUACUCACACUUCCACAAGACCUAUGAGGUGCCCUCUACACCCCGCUGUAGUGCCAAGGACCUGGUGGAGAACAAGUUCCUUCUGCCCAGUGCCAACUCCUUCUGCUAUGAGAAUGAACUGGCCUUCCUGAGCCGAGAUGAGGAGGAUGAGGUGGCCACAGACCAAGAUGGCUGCAGUCGGGAUGGCCUCAGCCCUCAGCCCCAGCAUGACUUUGACAGGCUCCAGGCUAGUAGUGGUGCCCUUGAGCAGCGGCCCUACAGGCGGGAGUCAGAGAUCUGAGUGCCCUUGGCUUAGGUGCAGCAUCACCUUGACAGUGAUAGGCCCCAUGUCCCUUGGGGACCCGGGUUUGAGCAGAACAGGCCAGGUGCCUUGGGUCAGAGACUCAGUAGCGUUUUAGUCUUUCCACGUAUCUUCGCAAUAGCUUUGGGAGGUUGUCGGGAAUGGGUGGCCAGAACGGGUGGCCUCUGGCCUCAGAGGCUGAUGUAUUCUCAUGGGCAGGAAGGUGACUUCCCAGGGUUGGUGGCUAGCCAGGAGUCAGGGGCUCUGUUGAAGGCCCAGAAGCAGCCCAGUAGACCUGGGCAGUAGAAGGUUGUGUAUGUACACCUUGUUGGUUUUUGGCUUGGACAAAACUGUUUACAAAAAACAAAAACAAAAAACAGAAAAAAAAUUUUAACAUGUGAUUGAAUUUUUAAAAAUUCACGCGUGUUGGAACAGUUAGAAUUCCACUGACCUGCUGCAACACAAGCAGCUGGAUGGAAUGUCCAAAAGAUUCUCUGAGGUUUGGUCUCUCCCCCUUGUGUGCCAGGGUUCUAUAAUUAAUCACGGUUAAGGAUGAAUCAGGCUGCUUGUGACCACGUUGACGAUCCUAAUAAAGUUUUUGGAUGUCACUGGGGGUGGGGGCGUGCUGGGAUAAAUCUGACUUGAUCUGUUCGCAUUUGCUAUUGUACCUCAGAUGUGCAUCAGGGCUGGGUUUCCCACCUGCCCUCCAGGGUCAAUCCCCCUUCAUGCUUCUGUCCUCCACCCUUUGCACAGUGAGGGGCAGUUGAAAACACCAGAGUGGGUGCUCCUUGGGAAGGGACACUCAGGAAAUUAACAUGGGGUCUGGUUCCGAACUCAGAGGAAGUGGGUCAGCCCCACCCCCACUGGACCCACAGCUUGAGUUGUGCCUUAGAGACUCUGGUUGUCUGGCUCCAGUUGUUUCUGGUUUUAUCAGACUUGCUUGUUAUCCUUCCACUGCUGAAGCCCCCUCUAGCCCCUCUGUCUGCCCUGGGAAGAUGUAGAGGCUGCGGCCCAUCUGCCUCACAGCUGUGUCCCUGUCUGACCCUCCUGCACACACCUGGGGCAGAAUUGGGUAGCCCCGCUGGGCCUGGCUGCUGGUGGAAGGCAGAGUGUCUAGGAAAGGGGAGGAAUCGUUACUCUUCAUGAAGAUGAUCAGAGCAAUGUCACAGAACAAAGAAUUCCUGCUUAGCUGUCAGAGGCCUGUGGUGGGUCUUCUCCCUGAGGCCUUGAGCCCUGGAGUCUUCCCCCAUGCCUAGUGCCCAAUCAGGAGGCCCUGAGCUGGCCUUGCUUAAGAUUCCAUGCUAAUUUCUAGCUUGGAAGAUUCAGCCCAGAACCUGCUGCAGGAGCCUUAGCUCAUUUGUGUUUUUGGCCUGGCCUGUGCCCCAAAGAAGUUUGAUUGGCUUUUCCAGCCUUGGCUCUGGGGCCUGAGGGUGCAUUCAACAUGGGGGUGCUUGGCUCUUACCUCUGCCCAAUCUUCAGGUUGAGGGUUGGGGAGGUAAAAGGGUGAAUCUUAGCCAGUGGGUGCCACUUCGGGAACCUGGGCUCCUGUCACUCUUACUGAGUCGGUGGGUCUGCAUUUGACUCCCAGAGCAGGGUCCAGGGCUCCUGGUCCCCAAGGCCUGCUCCCAGCCCAUCUCAGUGGCCUAAAGUAUUUGUCACUCUGGCCCAUCCUCCUCCCAGGUCCAUGCCUGCCAGAACAGUUCAGUCCCCAGGCCCUGCUGGAGAGCAGCUCAAACUGCUUUUCAUCUCUGCCAAAGGCAGGCAGAUGCUAUACUUUCAAGUUCUUGUGCCCUCCUUUUUCUCCUUCCCUGUAUUUAUUUAUUGCUUGUGCUAAAGACCAAACUAGCCCCUCUCUUUAUAGUGCACCUAAUCGGGGGGGCACUGAGUGGGGAGCCAUGUGCCUGUGCCAAGCAGGAAAGCUUGGCUCCUGGGGAGUGUGUGGGGAAGGGAAGCCAGGAUGUGUAUGCAUGCCUGUACAGAUGUACACACAUGAUUAUCUCCCUGUGUGUGGCACUUGGUAUCCAGACACAUGAUGUAUUCAGUUAUUUGUAUACAGGUGGUCUGUGUAUAUCUACCCACAGGUGUACAUGUGGUUGUUUUUUAUUGGGGGUGGGAUGGUGCUCACCAACCUGAGCUGGUCAGGUUGGAUGUUGGCCACAGACAUAGUCAUAAUUCAACCUGAGUCCCUGCCCUGCUCUGGUUAUAUAGGCUGUGCCCAGGUGUGCAACAGUUUGAGGAAUCUGAUGGUCAUGGGUACAUCUGUGCAUGUGAACAUGUGUGAAUGUGUGUGUGGGUCCCAGGGUGUGUGUAUGUGAAUGUCAGUGGAGUGGAUGCUGUGCACAGCAUAUGAAAGCUGCACAGAACUCAGUGGCUGCCCUGAGCCCAUGCUGGUGCUGUGCCACCUGGUCCUUGCCCAGCCAAGGGCCUGGGGGGCAGAAGGACACACCAUAGGGAAGCCCCUGCAUGGGUGUCUGCCCUGUGUGAGGUCAUAGAAUGUCAAAUCUAUUUUAAAUGGUGAAACCGGAGAAUUUUAAUGUUAUUUUCAUUACAUAGCAGUAUCUAAAGAUGUAGGCAACAAGACUAGACCACAUUAAAUGCAUUUUGAUCUCUUUGAA